AUGGCAUUCUAUCCCAAUGGCCAGACUGGUGGAAAGGGCCAUGCUCGCGUCAAACGGCAGGAUGAAGCACGAAAUCUCUACCAGUAUCUGACAACGAGUGUCAUCGACGGUCGGCGACUGCAAGUUCAUCUUUGGGACAUUGGUGGAACGACGGCGAAUUUCCUUCGUUGCAAUUGCGAAAGUCCGACCGCACACAAUACGCAGGCCAAUCCGACACAGAGCGCAGAGAUAUCUCGCAUAGCGAUGGCGUCGGGUUGGCGAAUGAUCUCCGCGCCUCAGGCCUCACAAACAGCCAUUGCUCCUGUCCAAUAUCCUAUUGCACCCGCUGCGAAUUAUGCGCCGCCUCCAGCUGCGCAGCUAUCGAUUACUCAAGCUCAGUUGAUAUCGGCGAUGGCCAACAUGGGUUUGAGCCAACAAGACCCUCGCUUUUACCAAUAUGCGACCACAUAUGCUGCACAGUACGCUCAGAUCCUUCCAUCACAGUCUUCUCCGACACACGUCUUCCCUGCACAAGCCUCACAAGCCCAGGCUGGUGCUAGUCGCAGCAGUGCGGCAUACACAACAACGUCUUCCAGCCUGCCGGUGAACGCUCGAAACGGAACCGUUCGGACAGAGGUCCGGGGCGUGUUUGUGAGUGGUCUGAGCUAUCAAGCUCGUCUCAAGGAUGUUCAGGCUCUUUUCAGCAAGGCGGGCGAACUCAGCAAAUGUGAGAUGCAGAAAGACGCCGCGACGGGCAGAUUCAAAGGCAAAGCGACGAUCAAGUACGCCACGGCUGCAGGCGCAGCACAAGCCAUCAGCAUGUUGGACGGAAGGACAUGGCUCGGCAUGGAAUUGAAAGUCCGAGCAGACACAGAGACUACGCCGGUCAGCCCACCGCCAUCCGCACAGGCGAGUAGGACCAGUCAGCCCGUCAUCGUCAACGGGUCGCAGGUUUGUUAA